AUGGUGAGCGCCCAGCUCAGGCACGCAGUCGACGAGGCUUGGACUGUGCUCAGGUCGCGGUCUAGCGCAUCCCCUCUAGAUAUCCUGGUGCAUCUUCUUGAUCCAAAGCAAGAUGAUAAGGUCAUAUCGCACUAUCGCGAGUCGUUCUCCAAACUGCUAUGUGCCCAGAUGGCGCUCGAGAGGGUCAGGAACCAGUCGAUCCUUCUUCUAAGCCCCGAGGAGCUGAGCAGUGUCAAGGAGGCCGUGGAAUCGCAGGGACCGUGCCGGCUGCACAGCAAGGUGGUGCUGGCCGGGGGAGCGCUUCCUCCCGGCGUGGUCAUCCAGAGCUGGGUGCGGUGGGACGGCCAAGAGUUGCACCGCGAGCCUCAGGCGGUGACGUCGACUGGUGGCUUGCCAGGCGCCUUUGACGGCCCUCUCGUCCUCGAGUACAGCAGCAGUGGAAGCACAGCCCCUGACUCCGACGACGAUCUCCGGGACCGCGCUUACGUGGCGCUGGUCUUCUUGCCGGGGCUCUCGAUGGUCUCUGACUUUCAGUACGCGCUGCAAAGUCAUCCUGGCCCUCCAGCAGAUGAAGUAUUCGCCCUCCACGGGAAGGUCCGGCAGGAGGAUCAGAUGGCGGCAGUGAGACCGAUUGAGAGCGGAUGCCGAGUCAUACUCAGUACCAACGUCGCCGAGUCGUCCAUCACAGUGCCCAAUGCGGACGCCGUCGUCGACCUGUGCCUCGCGAGGACCAUGCGCUGGAACGAGGACCGGUUGGGGCAGUUGCUGGACCUCGACGCCGCCACGAAGGAUAGCCUUGGGCAGCGCGCGGGUCGCGUCGGCCGCACGAAGGCGGGUCUGGUCCUGCGCAUGAUCUCUCGGGAGGAGUUCGACGGCCUGUCAAGCGGCCGGCUGCCAGAGAUGCUCCGGCGUCCGGUGGACAAAGUGAUGCUCAAGAUCGUCAACAUGUCCCCCGCCGGCUACGAGGGAGGCGUUGACGUAGAGUCGGAGAUCCAGGCUUGCUUAUCGCCGCCCGAGGGGGACAAGAUCAAGGAAGCCCUCGAGCAGCUGCUUGCCGCGCACGCGAUCGAGCCCGUUGGCGACGACGGGCGCCGAUUCCGGGCGCUGCGCCUGGGGUUGCUGCUGGAGGACCUCCCGAUGGACCUGCGUCUCGGCCUGCUGGUCGCCUGGGGCGUCGAGGCCGGGCUGGAACACGCGGCGGUGGACGCGGCGGUGAUGCUGCAGGCUCACAAUGUGGUGGGGGAGCCUCGCUCUACCCUGCUGGACUGCGGCCGCGCAUUCAUCCAACACUGCGCCACCCUGCGCCGCUUCGCCGACGGCUUCCCGAGCGAUGCGGUGAUGCUCGUCAACGUGCUGCGCGCGUUUCGGGCGGAGUCGAGGAGCGUGGGCUGGGUCGCCGGCGAUGCAUGCCUGCGCGCAGCCGACAGGAUGAGGCAUUGGUGCAGAGAUAACGGUGUCAAUUUUGCCAGUAUUCAAACGGUCGACGACACCGUCAGGGCCAUCCACGAGCGCGUGAGCGUGGUGGUGCCAUCCCGCCAGGAUUCAGACGCUGCGCGCAUCUGGGAGCAGCUUCCUUGCCAGGAGCUGCCGGCCGAGGAGUCCUCGAUCUUGAUGGUCUUGUUCUGCGGUGCCUUCCAUCGGCAUGCCCUGCAGGUCAGGAACCCUACGAGGGCCACCUUUCUGCAUGGAACGUACGACCAGGGGUGGGGGGACAGCGAAGUCGUGAUCCACUGGGACGGGGUCGACCUCAGGAGGCACGAGCUGAUCCAAGACCGCGUCGCUGGUUUUUUCAGUCGCGGCUCCUGCGGCAUCUUCGGCCAGUGCGUGAACAGCGGCCGCGAGGGCACAGCAGGUGGUUGGGCGCGCAUCGCUCUGGAGCCGAGGAGCGGCAACAUGACGUUCGGCUUCCCCGUCGAGGUCAGCAACGUGCUGAAACUCCAGCGCGACUUCGCCAAGCUUUGCGAUUUGGGUGAGAACGUCCAGGUGCAGAUCGAGCACGCAGCAUCGACCAAAUUGGUGCCCAUAUUCUGGCGCUGGGAGGACCUCACAGAGAAGCGGCAGGAUGUAGUUGUGCAGGUUUCGUCUGUUGCGGGGCCCUACCUGGAGCCACGCCCUCUCUCUCAGCAGAGGUGCCACGCGGCCGUCUUCUGUGCAAAGUUCGACAGCUUCCACACGAAGACGCAGAAGCGGUGGCAGAAGGGGGAGACGCUCACACUGCUGCCGCACUGCGGCGAGGCCGGGGAGCCCCGCGAGGGCCCCAGCCUCUCGGAGCUGGUCCUCCUGAUCUUCGGCGUGCGCCCGCGUGCCCUCGCCGCCUCCGAGGCGCCGCAGGGCUCCGGCGACGGCGCCGGCAUGGCCCUCCUCGGCACCCCCGGGCUGCGCCCGCGGCUGGCGGCGGGGCGGGGCGCGCUGGCCGACGGCGUCUACCGCAGCCUGUGCGGCCCGCGCUGCGUGCUCCAGGAGUUCGGGGGCUCCACGCACGCGGAGUGGCGGACGCAGACCGGGUCGGUGCGCCGGCUGCUGUGCUCCCUGCUCGACCGCUUCGGUGGCCCCGAGGCGCUGCGGGCCCUCGCCUGGCCGCGGCGCGCGCGGGAGGCGCCCGAGGGCCUCGCCGCCGCGGCCAGGGCCGCGCCCGGCUCCGACGUCAGCGACGGCGACCUCGCGGAGUCGGAGUCCGAGGGCGGGCAGGACCUGCCCGAGGGCGCUCGAAGCCCUGUGCCUGCCUCGCGGGGGGUCUGCGUGGUGGUCGACCUCGACUGCUGGCUCGCCGAGCACGGCUGCCACUCCGGCCCCGAGGAGGCCGCGGCCCUCUUCGAGGCCAUGCUGGGGUAUAUCCAGGAGCAGGUGGGACAAGAGGUGGUGCACGUGACCGCUCGAGGCAGCGAGUUGGCGGGAGCGUGCGGUCAAGCAGGGGGGCUGGGCCCGGCGGCUGUUGCAGAUGCCGUCCGGCGGCUGGUGGGGCCCGGGAAGGCAGACGUCUCCGUGGACUCGCAGCACGCGGGCACCAGAGGCCCUGCAGACGCAGCAAAGGAGUUGGGCUGCGAGCUGGCCUUCUGCGCCUUGUCGUAUGUUCGCGGCGCUGGGCCGCAGGCUUCGCUCUCACCGCAUCCAGCGCACCUGGUGCUCGUUCUUGGUCCAGGCUUAUCUUCGGUCCUCCGGCACCUGACAGCGCAGCGUACCCGGCCGCGCUUCUGGGCUACCGCGUCCCCUGUGCACGAGGAACGGCUGCGCAGAUUGCACCCCGACGUCGGCCUCAUCCGCCCCUUCGCGCCACCAGCAGCCGCGAGCAGUAAUCGCGACACCCAGCAGACGCAGAUGGCAGAGCCCGAACAAGAGUCGGAGCCAGUGCUGGGUAGGGGGGAGAAGUUCGGCAGGGUGAAGUCGUUCAACGCAUCAAGGGAUCCCGCCUACGGGUUUGUGGCCGGCGGGCAGCAUGGUCAGGACAUCUACCUUCCGGGGAAGAACUGCGAAGCUGGCUACGUGCCCAGUCCGGGCGACCUGGUCAUCUUCAAAGAAGGGAAGCAGAAAAACGGCAAGCCAGUUGCCAACGACGACAACGCCGUGGCGCUGCUGUCGCUGCUGGCGCGGGGGAUAGACCCCGACGAGGAGGAUGCCAUCAUGGGCGAACCCGCCCUCUUCGAGGCCGUGGCGGCCGAUGCCGUGGCAGCCGUGGCCCUGCUGCUGCUCUUCGGGCGGACGCCUCCAGAGAGCGGGCGUCACACCUCUGCGUCGGCCGCCGAUUUCGCCCCCGAGAACAGCGAGGCCGUGAAGCUGCUCCACAUGUGGCAGCACGGGGACCGAGCCGCCGUCGUCGACAACCUGGUGCCGUUCCUGGAGCUGCUGCCGCCAGGCUCCCCUGAGGCCCGCCUCACCACUCCGUGGCCGAUCUGCCCCGCGGCCGCAACUGUUUUGUGA